AGCAACGCCAACUGCUGGUCCAAUUACGUACAAACCUACAGGAGAAGGAAUCGAUCCAACGACAAUGAUUGGCAUUGAACUUCCAAAGUUUCCGAAUGAAAAUGGAAACAUCAAGUACGGUUACUAUAUCUCUUAUUUUGAAUGCAACCGAUCAUAAAAUUUUAGAAGUGUUAUUAAUUACUGAUUAAUCGAUUUUGUUCGUGUUUGAUGAAGAUCCGGUCUUACAUAUCGAAAUAUUUGCCAAAUAGAUACGCUGGCUGUUUUCCACCAAACAUGCAAUAGAAUAUAUCUCCAUGCAAACCAUCAAGAAACCUGUAAAUAUUUGUAUGUGAGAAAAUAGUAUUGCGUAUAACUGUUCAUGCACAACACGUCAUUCAAUUGGAAGAAGGUUUUCUGAAGAACAAAGCCAUGUCAUUUUCCUGAAUAUAAAAGCAAUUAGCUUUUCUCGUGCAAUGUUCGAAAAAUGUGCUAUUUUAUGGUGUACAAGUGCUUGCAACUGAUUCAAAUAUACUGUCAAGCAUUGUGAUUGGAUGAAAUUAGCCUUUCUCACGAUGACGAAUAUCCGCCAUUUUUGGGUGGCAUCUAAUUCUCGUUAAGCAAUGCAGACAAUUCAAACAAAGUAAAAGUUUUGGAUAUUGGUCGUCAAAUACAUCAAUUAUAGGCGAUAUCCAUGAUAGUAGAAAAUGCUUUAAAAAUAGAAAUCGAAAAACUGUGCAGCUAAAUAUAAUAUAAGAAAUAUUAAAGAAGCAGCUAUAAAAAGAAGUAAAAUUAACUCGCCGUUUAUCUUCAAACCUCGUUAAAAUAGUUAUUGUCUUGUUUAGGUUUUACAGAGUUGUUGUGGUGAUGGUGGAUGGCACAGAAAAUUCACAGGAUUUGGCAAGAAUAUUUAACAAAAAUGAAUCUGAACUGAUUCUGUAUGAAAAAUGGAAAAAUCUGGAUGAUAAACUUCAUAUCCCAUAUAUUGCUUCUGCAUUCAGUGCGGACUUGUACGAUGAGAACAAAAACUUUAUAAUUGGAAAGGGUGACGAUUUCGAUAACACAUACCCAAGUAGGAAGAAAAGAGCGCUAGAUGAAUCAAAAUCCAAAAACGGCAAACUUAUACCUAACAAAAAGUAUGCCGUGGCUGUCCGAGCAUACACAGCUAAGGUAAUUGCACUCUUGGUAAUUGCACUCUACAUCUUCUCAUGCACUCUUGGUACAAACUAUGUCUGA